CAUUUGGGGGAUAUCUGUACCGUUCUGACAUUUGGGGGAUAUCUGUACUGUUCUGACAUUUGGGGGGAUAUCUGUACUGUCCUGACAUUUGGGGGAUAUCUGUACCGUCCUGACAUUUGGGGGGAUAUCUGUACCGUCCUGACAUUUGGGGGAUAUCUGUACCGUCCUGACAUUUGGGGGAUAUCUGUACCGUCCUGACAUUUGGGGGAUAUCUGU